AUGAAGGAUUUCUCUCUGUCCCUGCUUAGUCGUGGGUGUGGACGAUUAGUCUCGUCAAACGGAAACACAGGGAGGCAUGAUGGUCGGCUGGACGUCUGCUUCACACCACAGGAUUACUUUAUCUGGAAGUCCCGGGACUCUCUUCUGCGGUUGUCCAACAGCGGCCGCCAGAUUGUGAAUGAAGAGUCAGCCCUUCCAAAGACUUACAGCACCCGUCGGGGCCAACUUCAACUCUAUUCCCAGGACUUGGUUACCAUUGAAACCAGCGCAGUGACCAGAGAUGGAAAGCAGAAAGUUGUACGGCGAUACACUCAACAAGACAAGUCGCGGUUGAGCACCCUCAAGGAAUUAACUGCAGCCAUUUUGAGUUACAGCAACACCCAGUACACCUCUUCCAGACUCGGUCCACUUUUCCUUCCUCCUCUUCAUCGCCCUCUUGCUCCAGACCUUCAUCAUCCCAUUCCCCCGCCUCUUUGCACGACACAAGUGCAGCCAAGUCCAGAGUUGCUUGGACAAUUUAAGCCUGAGCGGCUUCCUGCAGAGGGAAUAACUGAAUUCCUGGGGAACCAACCUGAAGGUAAAAGAGGGAUAGAUAGACAUAUAGUUAAAGAGGAGGGGCAAGGUAUCAGAAAAACGGUCCGGUUGGAUCUGUUCCUCCAGAUACCCUGCAGAGACAGGACUCCAACUUCACAGGUGCAACCCCCCCCAGCCAUGACCCCCGAAGAACUAGAAGAACCUCUGACUUAUCUAGACAUGAGUCGGACUCGGCAGCAUGCUGGACGUUCACAGCACAGUACAGGAGGGGAGCGCCAUCAUUCAAACAUGAAGUGGGUCCAUGAUAUGGCAGAUGAUAUAGGCUCCAUUCAAGACAGUCUCAAAACUCAUGAUGAAGGCAACUAUGAAAGAUCGAUAAGGGGGAGCAGACAUGAAGGCCUGCUUCCUCCUCUGACAGUGGGACAAACAGCUAGCCAUCGACCCUGCUUGGAGAACACAGCCAGGCCGAAAUGGGAGGGCGCCAGGACUGAUGAACACCACACUGCACACUGCCUUCCUCCCAUAGCAGAAAGUCGCACCGUGAACAUACUCCAUCAGCAGCCUCGGUUCCUCCCGCUGCUGUUUCCUGAAAAGGAGGACCCUCCUCUGCCUCCUCCUCCAGUAGCAGGUAGUAUUGCAGGACGGAAAGGCCCAGGCAAGCAGAGCUCUUUGGCCUUCUUACAGAACCGACAGCUUGACCUCCAGAAUCCCUGUAAAUCGAGGGAUCCUAGCAGAGGCGUGGUUAGGGGUAUUCUGCCUCUAGAGCUGAGAGAUUUGCAGAACGGCAAACCUGUUGGCAGCCUGAUCUUGGGUCCUGAUGGGGAGAUCAUUCAACUCUCGCUGUACAAUGACAACCAUGACCAUGACACUCAGGAGCAAGCUCUCCAGGUUUUAUCUGCAGAAGGAGAGAAGUUACCCUUGGUCAUUGUGCUGCAGACUGAAAAGACACAUACAGGUGGAGAGUUAGAGCCUGAUGGUGACAUUCAGCACCAUCAAGCCAUACACAAGCUUGUAGAAUUUCACACAUUGACCGAGAUCAAUGCAUGCUCACCCAGCAGCCAAGACCCAGGUAAAACUGCUGUUUCAGCUGUGACGGAGACAAAAACAAAGACUUCAGAGGCAGUGGCAUGGAAAAAAGUGAUUAAAAACCACAUUACCAUACCUCCACUGAAGGAGCAGGUGGGGAAGGAGGCGCCAAGAGCAGGCAACACCGAGCAGGGCAGCAUCCAUGGAUCACAUCAACCAGGCAAGCAGAACAUCAACCCAAAUGAAGCAACUACAGAGCUCACUGGGGACAAAAGGAGGACGAAGACUAAGAGGAAGGACGCUGAGGAAGCUGCAACAACAAGGGAGAUGAAACCAGGGAAAACUGAGGCAUCAGAUGGACAGAAGACAUUGAGGGCGAGGACGGAAGGAGGAUGGCAGAGGCAAAAGACGAAAAGUGAUGCUGAAUCAAUAAGGAGGCGGACAGAGGAGGAGAGGACUAACAGUGAAGAGGCAGACACUCAGCACCAUUCUGCUCUACCAUCUGUAAGAAAAAGGAUGCCAGACAAAGGAGGAGGGAGAGGAGAAGAGAAGACGAAUGAGAAGAAAAAAGAGCGAGGAGAAGUGGCGAGACAAAAGGACGAGUCUGCCGUAAGGAGGAAGAGGAGAGGGAGGCUGAAAGACAAAGAGUUGGCUGAAAUCAACGAGGAGCCCAUGAAGAAAGAGGAGGAGGAAAUAAACCAGAACAUUAAAAAGGCGUCUCACCUAAAAUCGACCGAGAGGCCCUCUGCAACACAAAGACACAAUAACCAAACGCAUUUAGAGGAAGAAAAAGAGCAUGUUAACAUCAACGCUGACAAACACAGCCAAUCAGAGAGCUCGCUCAGGUCCACUGCAUCCCCGUUCAGCCCGAAGAGCCUGAAGAGGUCUUCUGCCUCUUUCUGUGAGGGUGUGGAGCGUGCCAGCGCUACGGGUCUCGCUCCAUCACGUGGCUGCUUGUCUUCAUGUUCAACCGUCAUGAUAACAGAGGAAAAGUUGAUGCUGAACCCGAUAAAGCAAGAGUCCUCCAGGCCUAGAAAUGGCCUGGAAGAGGCAGCAGCUCUGCGUCUUGCCAAGCGAGCGGAGAGACGGAGGCAGGAUGUGGAGAGGAAAAGGAGGGAGCGGGAGGAAGAGGACUUAAAACAGCAGAAGAGGGAGGAGACGGAGGAGAGGAUGAAGAGUGAGCUGGAACAAGAGAGGAGGAAGAGGGCUGAAGAGCUCAGACGGAGGAAGCUGGCAGAGGAGGAGGAGAGGAGGAAGCACGAGGAAGAGGAGCAGGAGCGAGUGAAACGGGAACAAGCACAACGAGAAAGAGAGAAGAGGAGGCAGGAGGAGAGGAGGCGGCAGAUGGAGCGACUUCAGAGGAUGAGAGAGGAGGAUGAACAGAGGAGGGAAGCUGAGCUCGAGCGUCUGCGCCUGGAGGAGAAGAGGCAGCAGGAAGAGGAGAGGAAGAAGCUUCUGGAGAUGGAAGAGAGUGAGAGGAUAGAUUACCUCUGCAGGAAGGAGCAGGAGGAGGAGAGCAGGAGAGACGAAGAAGAGCAGCGUAAAAGGAGAGAGGAGGAGGCCACCUUACAGGCCGCAGAGGAAGCAAGGCUGCAGGCAGAGCAACUUGCAAGAGAGAUGGCGCUGUUGCAGCAGCAGUUGGCCGUUAAAAGGCGUCUGUUGUUGGAGGCUGGAGGUCUGGAGAAAACGCAGGGUAUAUCUAGACCGUGGAUCUACUCUUACUUCACUUUGUUACAGUUACUGGGUGUAAAUCCAACUACAGCUGAGACCAUAACCCCUGACUUGUAACCUCUAUUUGAGAUCAGUCCUUAAAUGGUUCAAUGAUUAUGAGAAUUAAAGUUAAUAGAGGACAUCAAAAGAUGGGGGUCCGGCAUCUCAACAUCAACACUCAAAAUACCAUUGUCCAUUUGUCAAAGACAAUA